AUGAGGGUGCCCUGGUCAGGGCUGCUGGAGAGCGCAGUGGUGAAGGGAAAACGUUCCGAACCCAGUGCGCUCUCACAACGGAAAAGACGCCAGCACCGACCCGCCCUAAUAAAGAUUGGACUGGAGGUUCCAAUUGUUAACUCUUUGCCAAAACCUCGCUGGAAUAUGACCAAAGCUAACUGGGAAGCAUACAAACACCAAGUGGAUGCAAACGUAAGAUGGCUGAAACCAGAAGCAGCGAAUUACAACCGAUUCUGUGGCAUAGUCAUAGGUGCGGCUAAAAGGUGCAUACCUAGAGGCUUCCGAAAAGAGUAUAUCCCUGGUUGGUCUUCGGAGAUUGAAGCGAAGUAUCAGAAGUACCUCAAGAAUAACGAUGCCACCACUGCUAAUGAUCUCCUGGCUGCCCUGGGCGAGGCCCGUCGAGAGAAGUGGAUGAACAGCGUCGAAGGCAUGAGCUUUACACACUCGAGCAGGAAAAGCUGGGCUCUACUGCGAAAACUAGGUGGCGGAGCAGGAGCACCAACGAACACUAGCACUGCUGCUGUACAUCCUGAUAACAUCGCGACACGCCUCAAAAACAUUACAAAAAGCGCGCACGUCGACAAAGCCUUUGCUAAAACCAUCAGACACGAAAACAAAGCAUUACUUGAUUCCAGAAAUAGAUGCGAAACUUUCGAUUCACCUUUCAGCACCGACGAAGUGAGUCAGUCUUUAAAAUAUGUUAAGUGCGGGAAGGCGGCUGGACUAGAUGACAUGUAUCCGGAGUUCCUAACCCAUCUGGGUAAGCGUGCAGUACGAUGGUUAACAGACUUUUUCAACAACAUAUUUGAAACAGCCACGCUACCCACCAUGUUUAUGAAGUCCAAAGUCAUCGCCAUACUUAAGCCCGGAAAGACCCCCGAUGAUCCGGCCAAUUUCAGGCCUAUAUCAUUGCUUAGCGUUACCUUUAAGUUACUGGAGCGCAUACUGUACAACAGAAUUAAAGAUGAAGUGGACAAGCAUAUUCCCGCUGAGCAGGCAGGCUUCCGUGCCGGUAGAAGCUGCUGCGACCAGGUUCUAGCGCUAAGCAGCCACAUUGAAGCGGGGUUUCAACGGGGUCAGAAAACGUUAGCGGCUUUCGUGGAUUUAAGUGCUGCAUAUGACACAGUCUGGGUCAGCGGACUGAUCCAUAAGAUGGGCAAGAUAAUUCCGUCUGCAAAGAUCCUUCGCCUUUUAGGGAACAUGAUGGGGCCACGAAAGAUUACUGUGUUACUAGGUGAUAAAGCUAGUAAAUACAAGUUACUGAAGAACGGACUCCCUCAAGGCUCUGUCCUGGCUCCUCUCUUAUUUAACGUUUACACCAGCGACAUGCCUCCCACUCAGAGUCGGAAAUUCUUGUACGCCGAUGAUAUUGCGCUCACGACUCAGACUAAGAGUUUCGAGGCUGGCGAAGCUGUGCUCACGCAGGAUCUAAACACCCUACAGCAGUAUUAUUCCAAAUGGAGACUCUACCCGAAUCCUUCAAAAUCAGAGGUUGCCGCUUUUCAUCUGACUAACUGCCUGGCGGAUAGGCAGGUGGAUGUUACCUUCUGCGGCCAAAAAAUUCGCCACAAUUCUAACCCAAAAUAUCUGGGGGUCACGUUGGAUCGGUCACUCACAUACAGGGCACACAUGGAGACCCUAUCCCAAAAGGUUAAAACAAGGGUAAACCUUAUAAGUAAGCUGGCCGGAACUUCAUGGGGUGCUCGGGCUGACGUGCUGCGAACUUCAUCUAUGGCCCUUGUAUAUUCUCCGGCGGAAUACUGCGCACCUGUGUGGUAUAAAAGCGCGCACACCGGCAAGGUGGAUGUUCAGCUGAAUCGAGUGAUGCGAACAAUAUCCGGCAGCCUCUUACCUACGCCCUCCAGAUGGCUUCCCGUGUUAUCACACAUUGCUCCUCCGGACAUCAGGAGAACUCAGGCUGCUGCGCGGAAAUGGCAUAAAGCAUCUACGUAUGCCCUACCAAUUAGAGAGACGCUGAACCACCUUCCUCAAGCGCGCCUGCCAUCUCGCAAACCUAUUUGGUCUGACCACCAGCUUCAAGGCCAAGAGCCGUUUAAUGUAUCUGCAGAGUGGAGAAAGCAGUGGCAGGCACAUGACGGUGACCCGAAUAUAGACCCCACUAACCUGCCGGCCGGGUUCAGAGACCAACGCAAGAUUUGGGUCACUAUAAACCGCAUCCGAACGGGAGUAGGCCGCUCCAAUGAAAACCUUUACAGGUGGGGAAUUUCGCCGUCGCCGGCCUGUGACUGUGGGGAGCCAAUCCAAACCAUCGCUCACAUAACUGAAGAAUGUCCUGAAAGGAGGUUCCCCGGAAAUAUGCAGGACCUCCUGGCAAUCACACCGGAAGCAAGGGAUUGGCUAUUAAAAUUGGAUGUUAAAUUGUAA